CAGCUGACGCUGGACCCCAACACAGUACACAGCCGCCUGUCUCUGUCAGAGGGGAACAGGGACGUGACAUGGCGGUUAUGGAACCAGUCUUAUCCUGAUCAUCCAGAGAGAUUUGACUACUAUUACCAAGUUCUGUGCAGAGAGAGUCUGACUGGUCGCUGUUACUGGGAGGCUGAGUGGAGUGGAAUUGGAGCCCAGAUAGGAGUGACUUAUAAAGGAAUUGGGAGGAAAGGAGACAGUGAUGACUGUGGGCUUGGAGCCAAUGAAAAGUCAUGGAGGCUGUUCUGCUCUCCUGACAGGUACUCUGUCUGUCACAAUAAUAAACGGACUGUCAUACCCAUAAAGCCCUCACGCUCCCGCAGAAUAGGAGUGUAUCUGGACUGGGCGGCUGGUAUUCUGUCCUUCUACAGAGUCUCCUCUGAUAGACUGACCCUCCUGUACAGCUUCACCUCCCCAUUCACUGAGCCCCUCUGCUCAGGGUUUGGGGUGGUUUUAAUCUCCUCUGUGUCCCUGUGCAUGCUGGGAUAGCUCACUGUGUGCUGGAGGAAUCAUUUUUACCUUAUCAGAGUGUCACAUGUCGCUGUUUCUCCAUGGCAAAAAGGUAAAAUCUGCUUUUUAACCAGUAUAACCCUUUUUACUCUGUCUGAAGUGUGACGUGUCAGACAAAAAUAAAUUAAUGUUUGUUCAGUUGCCAAACUCAUGCAAAAUGACUUUUUCUCUGACUUCUGUUCUGUGUUGUCUGUGAAUGCACAAAAACUGUCAAAACAAAAUCAUAGUACAUGCAGUACCAAUAAAGUGAAUUCUGAUUCUGAAUAAAAUCAA